UGUUUUCACUUCUUUCUAAAGCAAAUCUGAAACCUGCUCUUAACACUUUUGUUUAUCCCUAUCUCCAUAGCCACCUCUCUCUCUCUCUCUCAAACCGGUCCCUUUCACUGGAUCUCUCUCCCUCGAACUGUGUGCAAACUCAUCUCUUCCCUUCCUUCACCUACAAGAUCUUAUCUCACUACAGCUUAGUCCCUAAGCUGAAAAACACACCAAAAAAACACAAAAGAAAAAAAAUUCUCAGAAUUUUCCCCCCUAGAUAAAAAGGAACCAGUCUUUUCAACAAUGAUUCCCCAGCUUCUCAUUUCACUGUGACUUUACCUUUUCUUUUUAAUCUUUUUACAGUGACUUAUUAUUAUAUAAUUGUUCAACAAUGGAUUCCCAUACCCAUCAUCAUCAGGAUUACCAGCUUCAUCUCCAUCAGAACCAACCCUCUUCUGGGUUGCUUCGUUUUCGCUCUGCACCCAGUUCGCUCUUUUCAAAUCUCACACCUUUUGUCAGCUACGGUGCUGACACUGCUGCUUCAAGUAGCUUCCGGGAGUUGGAAGAAAGCAGCAACCAAAAGUGUUGUUCUAAGGAUUUCAGUUCGAUGAAUUCGCAUAAGGGUUAUGGUGGAGGGUUGCCACCUCACUAUCCAAGACAUGGUUCUUCAUCUGCUACUUCCAGUUCUUCUAUGGAAGGGCCUUAUGGGUUGGUUGGUUCAAUGGGAAUGGAUCAUGAAGCUCCUAAUAAGGGCUUCGGGUCAAGUCUUCUCAGGCAGAGUAGCUCUCCUGCUGGCCUUUUCUCCAACAACAAUGUUUCAUUCCAAAAUGGCUUUGUCACCAUGAAAGGGGUUGGAAACUAUGGUGGGGUGAAUGACAAUAAUGGUGAACUCAGUCCAUGUAUUAGCAGGUUGAAGAAUCAGAUUAACUUCUCACCAAGAAAUUCUUCUUCCCUGGGAAUGUUGUCUCAGAUCUCUGAAAUAGGGAGUGAAGACAUUGAGACAACUAGUCCUGAUGAUAAUACCACUCAUGGAGGUAAUGAUACUCAACAUUUUGGCCCUGGAUUCCCUUAUGGUUCUUGGAAUGAGACUCUACAACUGUCAGAAAAUCUCAGUGGCAUGAAAAGAGGGAGAAGUGACAGUGAAAAGAUCUUUUCUGAUGUUCAGAAUGGAGAACCUGGAAACCAAGUUAAUAUAUUAUCACAUCACUUGAGUUUACCGAAAACUUCAGCAGAGAUGAUUACAAUGGAGAAGUUGCUUCAGUUUCCUGAUUCUGUUCCUUGUAAAAUCAGAGCAAAGCGAGGGUGUGCUACUCAUCCUCGUAGCAUUGCUGAAAGGGUGAGAAGAACUCGGAUCAGUGAAAGAAUGAGGAAAUUACAAGAGCUUGUUCCAAACAUGGAUAAGCAAACCAACACAGCAGACAUGUUGGACUUAGCUGUUGAAUACAUUAAAGAUCUUCAGAAACAAUUCAAGACUCUUGGUGAUAAAAGGUCAAACUGCAAGUGUUCAAACAUGCAAAAGGCAGAUUCAUAAAGCGUGCAAAGAUGGCUUGGAUUAUUGGUGCUUUUAACUUCAAUGCUGAACAAACAGAAAGAAAGAUGCUAAUAUAUAGGAUGAUGGCAUUACCAAAAAUAGAAACAAAAAUAGAGUAGAAAUAAGAGGAGAAAGAUGUGUUAUUUGAAUUGAUAGAAAUAGAAGAUAAAGGAGGGAGAGAAAAUUCUCUUGACAUAUAUCACGAGUGAUGAAAAGAAUAGAAUAUAAAAAAGUAGAGUAACUUGUCUUUA